AUGAAUGAAGAUACCCUUUUUGCCAGUUACUGGAUCAUCCUUGCAACCGGUUUCCGCCGAUCGUUACCAUUCCUACAGGACUUCUACUCCAUUGGCGGAAAAGCUACGCCCGACAAGGAUAAUUCCCCAAUCCUCACUGAUGCGCAUGACCUUCAUUCCCUGGCUUGGACAGGCCAUUAUAUUCCGGAUCCCACCUUGGCUUUUGCCAAUGUUAGACCAUGGACCUUCGGUCGAUAUCAGUCCCUUGCUUUUGCCAAGGUAUGGAAAGGAACUGCUCGGUUACCGAACAAAGAAAGAUUGUGGAAACAGUAUUUCAAUGAUAACCACUGGCAGGCCCCGGCAAAGGUUGUAUUCGGUACUAUUGCAGAGGAGACCCUAGGUAGACAGUAUCCUUUGGAGAACCGAGAGAGAUUCGCUUAUUAUUCUGAUGAAGUUUGGGAGCAUGGCUAUACCAGCUCCGACAACUUUACCAGGAUUGAGAACACACCACGGGAUGAAUGGCCUACAUACCCUCGCGCUGGCGAUCAGUCUCCGGAGUAUGAUUUUGACUCGGGGUGGGAGUGGUGA